AGUGUUUGUGUCACUGUUUAAUGGUCCAAAACCGAGUGAAGAGACUGCAGUUUUCCAACAGAAGAAAAUACAUUUAUUCUUUAUAUCAUGGCGACAAAUGUACUGUCGAUGUUACUGUCAGUUGUGUGUGUGAUCGGAUAUACGAAUUCAUGUCCUCGAAAUUGCGAGUGUUCCCAAUGGAAAGCAUUCGUUGUCUCAUGUAUGAACAUAGAUGUUAUUCCAACGUUUCCCCCAAAGACAGAAUUCUUAAGUCUCUACGAGUCAAGUCUGAUGUCAGUUCCCCAAGAUGCCUUUGCAAAUAUGGUCAAUAUCUCAAGAAUCUAUCUGUCCGUGGAUGUCUCUCUGAGCAGAUUAGAGAAGCAUUCCUUCCACAACCUGAGAAAGCUUACUCAUAUAGAAAUAAGAAACACAAGAAAUUUGACAUUCAUCCAUCCGGAGGCUUUUAGGAAUCUCCCUAAAUUACAGUAUUUAGGCUUAUUCAACACAGGCCUCACCAUCUUCCCUGUCCUGAACAAUAUCCAGGCUGAUGACUCAUACUUCCUACUAGAACUAAGCGAUAAUCCCUAUAUUGCUCAAAUUCCAGCUAACGCUUUUCUUGGCAUUACCAAUGAUUUGCUGUCAGUGAGGCUGUACAGCAAUGGCUUUACGAAAGUCCAACAUCAUGCUUUCAAUGGCACAAAGCUGGACACAGUGUACCUGCAUAGAAAUAAACUGCUGACAUGGCUGGAUGAAAGAAUGUUUGCUGGGACUAGCAGUGGGCCAAUGCUCCUUGAUAUAUCAGAAUCGGCUGUCACUUCCCUACCUACCAGAGGUUUGGAGUCACUUCGGGAACUCUGUGCUCGGAAUGUUUGGACUCUCAAAAAACUUCCACCGAUCAAGACUUUCAGACACAUGAUUACGGCAGACCUGACCUACCCCAGCCACUGCUGUGCAUUCAAAAACUUGAAGAAAAAAAGAGGGUACUUAGAGGACAUCAUAUGUAACCUAACAGCCAGGUAUAACCAACUUCAGAAGAGAUCUGUGGGAACUUUUACAAUCCCUGGCAAGCACAGCAGCAUGGAACCUGGAAUUGAAUCAGCUGAUAACCUCUUUAGAGACACCUACGACCACCAAGACUUUUACAGCAGACCGCAUUACCACACCUACUUUGGCGGGCAACCAGAUGAUGAUGUUGGCUUUGGCGAAACGCUGAAGAACCCCCAGGAAGACACCAGCCCUGAGUUUGACAGCCGCUAUGACUACAUUGUGUGUGAGGAGGGAGAGGAGAUUGCUUGUUUUCCUGCUCCUGAUGAGUUCAACCCAUGUGAGGACAUCAUGAGUUUCAGCUUUCUAAGGGUAUCUGUGUGGUUUGUCAGUUUGCUUGCUGUGUUGGGCAACCUGCUUGUACUGUUGGUGCUGCUCACCAGCCACUACAAAGUGUCAGUUUCAAGGUUUUUAAUGUGCCACCUGGCUUUUGCUGACCUGUGUAUGGGCAUUUACCUUCUGCUGAUUGCUUCUGUGGACCUCCACACACGUUCUGAAUACUAUAAUCAUGCUAUUGAUUGGCAGACAGGUCCGGGAUGCAACCUAGCUGGGUUCUUCUCUGUCUUUGCUAGUGAACUUUCAGUAUACACACUGACCACUAUUACUCUGGAACGCUGGUAUGCUAUCACAUACGCCAUGAGACUGGACCGUAAGUUGCGUCUGUCCCAUGCUUCAGUCAUAAUGCUAGUAGGCUGGAUCUUUUGCCUCUUAUUGGCUCUUAUGCCUCUCAUUGGGGUCAGCAGCUACCAGAAGGUCAGCAUUUGUCUGCCCAUGGACACCCAGACACUUGUGAACCAGAUCUACAUACUAUGUGUGCUUGUUUUUAACAUCUUGGCUUUUGUAGUUAUUUGUGCCUGUUACAUCAAGAUCUAUUGUGCUGUUCACAACCCCAGUCAUCAGUCUGCCAACAAAGACACCAACAUUGCCAAGCGCAUGGCUGUGCUCAUUUUUACAGACUUCCUCUGCAUGGCACCAAUUUCAAUUUAUGCUGUGACUGCUGCGUUGGACCACCCCCUCAUCACUGUGUCAAACUCCAAGAUCCUCUUGGUGCUCUUUUACCCUCUGAAUUCCUGCGCUAACCCUUUCUUAUAUGCCAUCUUCACAAAGGCCUUCCAAGGAGAUGUCUUUAUACUGCUCAGCAAAGUGGGUCUAUGUCAACGUCAGGCUCAGCUGUUCCGGGGUCAGACAAUAUCUUCGAAGGCAAGCAGCAGAGGAAUCACUAGACGUGAGAGGCAGCGAACUGGAGCAAAGGAUACCCCUAUUUCGCUUCUAGAUUAUCCAGGCAACCCGCCAGUCACCCAACAGCAGGAGGACAGUGAUGGGCAGGACACUUGAAACCUAUAUGUUAUUUUAGGCCACAACAACUGGAAUCCAAGAAAGUUGGAGUCAAUUAAGUUGCAAUGCAGCAAAAAAGGACAGAAAAUUAAUGAAUUACCUGAACAAUCUGCAUUAAAACAAACUGAUGAAUUUUAGGUUAUAUAUUUAAUCUAUCAUGUUACACUGGUAAUGGUAAGUGAUUGACUGUACAAUACAAUAUAGACAGUGGGCCUUGUUCACAAGCAUCAUCAAUCAAUGUGUAAAUUGCUCAUAAAUCAAUUAUUUUGUGACAGUUUGUGUUCAAUUCAAUACACUAAAAUUUAUUAAAGAAUCAUUUUAGAAUUGUUUUAAAAAUAAUUGUGUGUUUUUUGAGCCAAUUGUGAAUGGUUUAUUAAGCUGUUCAACACCACAAAAGCAGUGCCAAGUAACCCAUGUUAACUGAGUACAGUAUUUAGAAUUAUAUUUCAUGAUCAAGUUUGUAAUUCUCAAUGGCCCAACCGUGAUUAACUAUUUUAGAAUUUAAGGUUAUAAUUUACAUCCUGAACUACUAAAUUUUCUACAUAACUUCUACUGCAGUUCGUGUACAUGCAUGUUUUUUGUAAAAUAUGAGCUUGGGUGUAGAUCAUUCAAGUGUUAAACAGUUUCUAAGCUGCAAUGUAGUUGUUGUAAUCACAAAACAUCAUGUUUAGUUUAUUUAAAUUCAUGCUAUUUUAUCUUCACGUGUAACUAAAUAAAAAAGUGCCACUUUUAUGUAUUUAAUGGUGAUUAUUUGUUUAUUGUUAAAAUAUUAAUAUAAUUAUUAAUUAUUAUAAUAAAGUUAUGGGAAACAUUACGUACUGUAAGUGCUGUGACAAAUCCCGGUUAGUCUAAUGCAACUUGCAAGGUCCAUUUAUUAAUUUAUAUAUGUUUAAAUAAUAAAUAAAAAAUAAUAAAAAAGUAGAUAGAAUAGAAAAAUAAUAGAUAAAGCUUUAUUAUAUAGGGUCAAGUUUUUUUUUCAAUAAAUGAAAACAAAUGAUUUAGUUUUAAAUAAAACAAAUUAUUUUAUAUUGAGUUAUGGAUUAUUUUAUGUUACUCGUUCAACUUAUUCACCUCAGAGAAGAAAGUUUACUCAUUUAAUGUUUCUGACUUUUUAAAAGAUUGAAGAUUGUGACUAUUCUGUUCUACCAUUCAGUUGACAAGUGCAAUCACAUGCAAAUGUAAAAUAUGAGGGCGAAAUAAGAGUUACAAAAGUAAAAGAGUAAAUAGUUGUUGUGUUAGGGUCCCAUACCUGAAGUUUGCUUAGGGUCCGCAAAUCACUAGUUACAUCCUAAAUGAUGCACUAUAUACGCUGUACUCAGAUUCGUAUAGUGGAUGAAUUAAGGUUAUUUUAUCACUCAUUAAUUGAGUCUGGUUGUUCCUCCCCUUCUGCUAUGUAAUUAAUUUUGCCACAGAUGAGUGCAUAAGUAUGCUAGCUUCCAGAAGAUAUCAGAUGUUUUAAAACAUUAUCCACAUUUAAAUCUAGACUUAAAACUCAUCUGUUUAGCUAUGUUUAGCUACAUCCAAGCUGAUUGCAUUUCUGAUUAUUUUAUGCAUAAUCAUUUUCUAUUUAACUGUUUUAAAUUAAUUAUCAUAAUCAUUUAAAACAUUUUUUUUAUUUCUUGUUUUAUUGCUGUGAUUCUUUUUUUUAUGAUUCUUUACUUUCUUUUAUGUAAAACACUUUGAAUUACCAUUGUGUAUGAAAUGUGCUAUAUAAAUAGACCUACCUUGCCUUGAGGGAUUAAAUCAAGUUAUGAUUGUAUAUUAAGUGUGCACAAAGCAGGUGCAAGUGCAAGUAAAUAAAUCCACUUAAAAGUGUCACUUAUAACAAGGGCUUUUGAUGUAGUCCCUUUAACCACUGGAUUAAAAUAUCUCUCUCUCUCUUUCUCUGUCUCUUACCAACAUAAUAUGGUUGUAUUUUAUUUCUGUAAAUCAAGGGCUAGUAAAUAAAAACACAAAAACAUAAUUGGUAGGCUGGACCCUUUUGACCUCAUUGCAUGUUAAAUUAAAAUUUGAAUAAAAAUAUUGUAACUUUGCA